AUGGGCAUUGAGAAAGCAACAUUCGCAGCUGGAUGCUUCUGGAGUGUAGAACUGGUGUUUCAGAGAGCUGUUGGUGUGUUGUCAACAAAGGUUGGUUACACAGCUGGACAGAAAUUGAACCCUACUUAUAAGGAGGUGUGCACUGGCACUACUGGACAUGCUGAAGCCGUUCAGUUGGAGUAUGACUCGGAUCAGACCACCUACGACCAGCUACUCGAUAUCUUUUGGCAUAAGCACGACCCGACCACCGCCAACAGACAGGGCGGCGACGUCGGCACUCAAUACCGUUCGGGUAUCUACUAUCACUCAGAGGCACAGCAUCAGACCGCCUUGAAGAGCAAGGAGAACGAGCAGAAGAACCACAAGUCACCAAUCGUCACUGAGAUCCUCCCCGCAGGCAUCUUCUACGAUGCCGAAGACUACCAUCAGAAGUACCUUGAGAAGGGAGGUCAGUGCUCUUCCAAGGGUUGCGGUGACAAGAUCAGAUGUUAUGGUUAA